AUAGGGUGCUAGGAGUAUAUUUCCCAUCAAUAUUAUUGGGUGCUCUAAUCUCUCUGAAGGCAGAUAUAUCCCUCCUUAUGUCAAAUAUAAAAAGUACAUGAGUUUGUCUACGAUAAAAAUUAAAACCGUGAAACGGAACGCAAAAGUUUUUUGUUUUCUGUCAGAUGUCAAAGUGACAACGUCAGUCGGUGUCAUCAACCAUGGUGAAAUUGAACAAGAAAUUUGAUAAAAAUUCAUUAUGUUGCGAAAAAAUCCGAACAAGAAAACUCUUGAUUUUUCAAGAACUGAAGAUGUGGAUAGGGCGUUAAAUAUGUUGUUAAGCUCCUCUGAGAGUGAGGAGUCGGAAACCAGCAACCAUAAUGCUUAUGAUCAGUGGACAGAAGAUACGUGGAUGAUAACUAAAUUGGAUGAGAUGCAAAAUAACGACAUGGAGGUGGAUAAUUUGUUUGGUGAUCAAUUCAACAAUUUGGCUGAAGAGGAAGCCAUUCAAGAGAGAGCAACUAAUAGUUUACCUGCUUUAUUAGUUAGUAAUAUAAGCUGGACUUUAUAAAUCAUGGGGUUUAUAAAUUCACUUUAUAUUUUACUAUCUACAAAAUAAAUUGAAUAGUUAAAAUAUUCUAUUAUACAUAAUAUGCAUAUAUGAUAUUUUAAUUAUUAUGUAAAUAGGAUAUUUCUAAGCCUGUAGUAGAGCCUCUGAGUCAAGAGUGUAUAUUAGAUGUUCCAUCACCAUUCCAAACCUUUGCUGAAAUGGAAGACAUUGCAAGAAUGGAAGGAUCCAACACCCCGCAGCCUGAGGAUGAGAUGGAUAUUUCAGUUAUGGAAGAGCUGGUACCUAACCCUGCCGUCAAUCAACCACCAACGGCUCAACCACAGCCACAUCAACCAGUUUCAACAACACUAAUAAAUAAGUCUUCAACCACAAAUAACAUUUAUAUACCGAGAGCUCCCAGACCCAGUUAUGCUACAGCUCAAAAUAGGCAGCGUAUAUGGCCCACAGUGGUGGAUGACUGGAAUGUCCCAUCAUUUGACCGGCCACUACAGGUAAACAAGGUGUAUAACAAUAGAAGUAUUCCAAAAGAUUAUUUUAAGGAUAUAUUCACUGACUCAACUCUAGAAAUGAUUACAUUAAAUACAAAUAAGUAUACUCAUGAAAAAAGAUCUCAUGGUUGGACUGAUGUUACUGAAAAAGAAAUUAAUGCUUAUUUAGGUAUGAUGAUAUUAAUCAUUUCUAUUAGGAGGAAACUGAUUGCCAAUAGCGGUCUGAAGGAACAUAUUUCCCACAGGUUUUUUUUUAUAUUAAAAUAAAUAAUUUUUAAAAUCUAA